ACUGCGCGGUGCCCGCUUGAGGAAGUGCCGCCGGUGUCCGUGCCCGCCGCUCUCCGUCCGGUUCCGCCGCCCGGGAUGUGCUGAGGGCGCGUCCGCCGCCCCUCCCAGGCGUGAAUGACAGAGGAGGUGCCGCCGAGCGCCCUGACGGAUGUGACCCUGCGCCUGCUGUGCCACGAUGACAUAGACACGGUGAAGCAGCUCUGUGGAGACUGGUUCCCAAUCGAGUACCCUGACUCAUGGUACCGAGACAUCACUUCCAACAAGAAGUUCUUUUCCCUCGCAGCCACCUACAGAGGCUCCAUCGUGGGGAUGAUCGUGGCAGAGAUCAAGAGCAGGACCAAGGUGCACAAGGAGGAUGGAGAUAUCCUAGCUUCCAAUUUCCCUGUGGACACUCAAGUUGCUUACAUCCUAAGCCUUGGAGUGGUGAAGGAGUUCAGAAAACAUGGAAUAGGUUCCCUCUUGCUUGAGAGCCUGAAGGAUCACAUCUCCACCACUGCCCAGGACCACUGCAAAGCCAUCUACCUGCACGUGCUCACCACCAACAACACAGCAAUAAACUUCUAUGAGAACAGAGACUUUAAGCAGCACCACUACCUGCCCUAUUACUACUCCAUCCGAGGGGUCCUCAAAGAUGGCUUCACCUACGUCCUGUACAUCAACGGUGGGCACCCACCCUGGACAAUCUUUGACUACCUACAGCACAUUGGCUCCACACUGGCCAGCCUGAGCCCCUGCUCCAUCCCCCAGAGGAUCUACAGACAGGCCCAGAGCCUCCUGUGCAGCCUCCUGCCCUGGUCUGGCAUUUCUGCCAAGAGCAGCAUCGAGUACAGCCGGACAAUGUGACGGACAGGGGCGCACGGGGAGCGCAGGAUUGAUUCUCCUUCCACCUGACACCCGGCUCUGCACUGGUUCCAGUGAUGACAGCUCUUGGCCGGUGACCCAGCCCCCGGACGGGACUCCCUGUUCCUCAGGGCCUGACCUUUGGUAGAACUUCACCCUUGGGGCUGCAGCCCCGGCUCCCAACGUGGGCGGGGCAGGCCGGGCCGGGCGGGCCUCGGGUGUCACACUCGGUGUGCCCUGGGUGUCACCACUUGGUGUGCUCUGGGUGUCACACUCGGUGUGCCCCGGCUGUCACACUCGGUGUGCCCCGGCUGUCACACUCGGUGUGCCCCGGCUGUCACCACUGGGUGUGCUCUGGGUGUCACACUCGGUGUGCCCCGGCUGUCACCACUGGGUGUGCUCUGGUGUCACCACUGGGUGUGCCCUGGGUGUCACACUCGGUGUGCCCUGGGUGUCACACUCCGUGUGCCCCGGCUGUCACCACUGGGUGUGCUCUGGUGUCACCACUGGGUGUGCAUGCUGCACUGUCCCCGCCUCUCCCCUCGGUCUGCUCCUCCCAUACCCGCGAUCGAUGUCGGGGGUUCAGCUGCUGCUCCCGCUCCAUCCACAGCUGCUGAGAGCAGCCGCAGGGGGUUCAUGGGUCUGCACUGAGGAACCACUGAAAUGGACUGGGAGAGCCCAGCUGCCCAGAGGCUGCCCUUGCAGCUGGGGCAGGGCAAGGGAGGGAUGGGAAUCAUGUUUAGGUCCUGCCACAUCAGCUGCUGGUGCAUCCUGUGGGAACUUCCAGGGAGAGCAACUGCCUCGCGUGAGAACCCACCCAGCCCCACCAGCCCUCUGGAGUGAUGUAAAAAGAAGCAUAUAAUUCAGGAUGCAUAAAGUAGAAGGCAGGGAAUGAAAUUGCUAUUUCAUAGUGAAAUAUAUAUGUAUUAUACUGUAUAGAACUUUCUGCCUUUGUCCAGGAUGGAAUGUAGCAGGGGAGGGGAGCUGGGAGUGUAGAGUCUGGUCCAGAGCCCUUCUCCCUUCCUUGGCACCAGGCUGGACUGUGCAGGAUCUGGAGGGAUGGGAUGGGAUGUGCACAGCUCCCAGCAGCUUUCCCUUGCUGAGGAAGGUGCCCCAGCUGCUCAGUGUCCUGCCCUGGGCUGUGCUGGGCAGGCUCUCAGUGCCCCUGUCCUGUCCAGGAGCCUCUGGCUGCACUGAGUGUUCCAUGUGCAGCCAGGCCAGGGCCCUGCUCUAUCCAUGGCAAAUCCCCCUUCCCUGGCCAAGGCUCUUCCCCUGCUCAGCACCAUGUUCCUGAUUCCAACCUCAUUUUUAACUGGGACUGGAGCAGAGGGAUCCGUGCCAGAGCAGGGCUUGGAUGGGCUGGCACUGCCAGCUGUGCCAGGGGCUGGGCAGCCCUGAGGGUGACACAUGGCUCAGGCUGGGUCUUAGAGGAGCCAACAAGCACCUUGCAGCCUGGGUGGGCACAGGAAGCCCUGUCAGUGCCCAGCCCCGGGGUGGGAGCUCACUGUCUCACUAAUAAAAGGAUGCAGGAGGUGAGCAGCUGUGAGUGGUGCCAGGCUGGAGAGCAGCUGGCACAUUUGGUGUCUGGGAGCAGCACCAGGCUCUUCUGGGAGGGGCUGGUCCUCCUGGGCUCAAAGACAAGGUAAAGGGGUGUUUAUGAGGAGUCAGGGCAGUGAUGGAAAAGCCCAGCCUGUGAGACCCUCAAGCCCCAAGGUGCCAGGGCUGCCCUCGUGGAGGCCUCUUCCAUCCCAUGCCAUCCCUGGCUCCCCUCUAGUUCAGCAGUGCCAGUGGCACUGGGCAGGCAGCUCCUCCCAGCCCCAGAGCCUCCUCAGGGCCCCUGACACCCUUCCAGCCUCACUUGUUACCAGUUUGGGGUAUUUUUGCUUAUCCACUUUUCCUUAUCACAUCUGUUGGUUUAGAGUUUCUUUAGCAGCCCAAGCCUGUUUUUCCUCAGCACUUGCUUUCUCUGGACCAGAAUGAAGCCGUUCUCUCCCGACUGCCUGAGGCUGAUGUGUGUCUGUGUCCCCAGUUCCUCCCCUGCCCCUCACACAACCCAACUCCACCACUCGAGCACGUUCCAAGGGAGCUGUGACUGGUCUGUGUGUCCUCCUACCACCCUGUCCUGAGGUGUCAGCCCUGUCCCCCCCCUUAGCCCAUUAUUUAUUGAAGAACCUCUCUCUAAACAUCUUCAAUUAAACCAAACCUCUUUUU